UAAAUGACUUUGCAUCGCCAUCUAGUGGACAGCCUUCAACUUGCCUCAACAGACCUCAUACAUAACAUAAGCAGGUAUUUGACAAUUUGUGAUUGACGUGCUGAAAAAUGAGGAGGAGGAGGAGAAACCCCCACCCCUUGUGGACUCUGGUUGGGACCCCAGAGCAAAGACGGCUCAGGCAGGGAAAAGGUGAAGAAGAUGAAGCUGGUGGUGAUUUUGCUCUGCCUGGUCCUGCUGACCAUCUACACAGAUGCCAACCCUAUCAUCAAAGAGAGCUUCGCUAAGCAGCUGCUCCGCAGCAAGAGGCAGGAGCGGCCAAUGAAGCCCGGCCACCCUGAUGAGCCGAUGAGGGAGCAUCUGCUCCACAUGCAGGCUCUGGAUCAGAGGGCCCAGGAGACCAACCUGGAGCACUGGCUGAACCCCCACUGCUACCCUCGCUGCGACAGGAACUAUGGAUACCCCGUCUGAUGAUGGUGAUGAUAGAGGUCACCACAACUCUCCACUUUCACUUCAAACCCCAAAUUCACACUGUGCAACAUAAUCAUCCAUUAUAUUGAACUUUAAUAACUUUUACCAGCAGACUUUCAAAUUAAUAUAAUUUAUCU